AAAAAAAAAGACUUUUACAACUGCCUGGAAGAAAGGGGUGUGAGGGAGGAGACAUUCCUGUGCAGAGCUGACCACAGGCAAGAGUAGGCAUCAGUGCAGUAUGAAUGCAUACCUCACCAAGCAACACAGCUGCAGCCGGGGGUCCGAUGGGAUGGACGCCGGCAGGAGCGCACCCACACUCAUCAGGGACGCCCACUGCGCUUGUGGCUGGCAGAGGAGCCCUCAGGGGCUCGGGUACAAUUCUCAGACUCUGCCCCCCUCGGGACCUGGAGGCCCAGCUUCACACAGGACCAGGCUGGUCACUUUGUGGGACAAUGUGCGGAAAAGCCCCCACAAGACGGGCGCCAAGGGCAAAGGGACUUGUGGGGAGCGUUGCGCCUGCCCACAUGGCUGGUUCAGCCCAGCACAGGCCAGCCCUGCUCCUAUAAUUGUCAACACAGAUACUUUGGACACGAUUCCUUAUGUCAAUGGGACAGAAAUUGAAUAUGAGUUUGAAGAAAUUACAUUGGAGAGGGGGAAUUCUGGCUUGGGAUUCAGUAUUGCUGGGGGGACAGAUAAUCCCCACAUUGGAGAUGACCCUGGCAUAUUUAUUACGAAGAUUAUACCGGGAGGUGCUGCAGCGGAGGAUGGCAGACUCAGGGUCAAUGAUUGUAUCUUGCGGGUGAACGAGGUUGAUGUGUCCGAGGUCUCCCACAGUAAAGCAGUGGAAGCUCUCAAAGAAGCAGGCUCUAUCGUUCGGCUGUAUGUGCGCAGGAGACGACCCAUUUUGGAGACCGUUGUGGAAAUCAAACUGUUCAAAGGGCCUAAAGGUUUAGGCUUCAGUAUUGCAGGAGGUGUGGGGAACCAACACAUUCCAGGAGACAACAGCAUUUAUGUAACUAAAAUUAUAGAUGGAGGAGCUGCACAAAAAGAUGGAAGGUUGCAAGUAGGAGACAGACUACUAAUGGUAAACAACUACAGUUUAGAAGAAGUAACGCAUGAAGAGGCAGUAGCAAUAUUGAAGAACACAUCCGAUGUAGUUUAUCUAAAAGUUGGCAAGCCCACCACAAUUUAUAUGACUGAUCCUUAUGGUCCACCUGAUAUUACUCACUCUUACUCUCCGCCAAUGGAAAACCAUCUACUCUCUGGCAACAAUGGCACUUUAGAAUAUAAAACCUCCCUGCCGCCCAUCUCUCCAGGAAGGUACUCACCAAUUCCAAAGCACAUGCUUGUUGAAGACGAUUAUACCAGGCCUCCGGAACCUGUGUACAGCACUGUGAACAAACUGUGUGAUAAGCCUGCUUCUCCCAGGCACUAUUCCCCCGUUGAGUGUGACAAAAGCUUCCUCCUCUCAGCUCCCUACCCCCACUACCACCUAGGCCUGCUCCCUGACUCUGAGAUGACCAGUCAUUCCCAACAUAGCACUGCAACCCGCCAGCCUUCAGUGACUCUCCAACGGGCCAUCUCCCUGGAAGGGGAGCCCCGCAAAGUGGUCCUGCACAAAGGCUCCACCGGCCUGGGCUUCAACAUCGUGGGCGGGGAAGACGGAGAAGGAAUUUUUGUAUCCUUCAUUUUGGCUGGUGGACCAGCAGACCUGAGUGGGGAGCUCCAGAGAGGAGACCAGAUCCUGUCUGUGAACGGCAUUGACCUUCGUGGAGCAUCCCAUGAACAGGCUGCUGCAGCACUAAAAGGGGCUGGACAGACGGUGACGAUUAUAGCACAAUACCAACCUGAAGAUUACGCUCGAUUUGAGGCCAAAAUCCAUGACCUACGAGAGCAGAUGAUGAACCACAGCAUGAGCUCCGGGUCCGGGUCCCUGCGAACCAAUCAGAAACGCUCCCUCUAUGUCAGAGCCAUGUUCGACUAUGACAAGAGCAAGGACAGCGGGCUGCCAAGUCAAGGACUUAGUUUUAAGUAUGGAGAUAUUCUCCACGUUAUCAACGCCUCUGACGAUGAGUGGUGGCAAGCCAGGAGAGUCACACUGGAGGGAGACAGCGAGGAGAUGGGAGUCAUCCCCAGCAAGCGGAGGGUGGAAAGAAAGGAACGUGCCCGAUUGAAGACAGUGAAGUUUAAUGCAAAACCUGGAGUGAUUGAUUCAAAAGGGUCAUUCAAUGACAAGCGUAAAAAGAGCUUCAUCUUUUCACGAAAAUUCCCAUUCUACAAGAACAAGGAGCAGAGUGAGCAGGAAACCAGUGAUCCUGAACGAGGGCAAGAAGACUUCAUUCUUUCUUAUGAGCCUGUCGCAAGGCAGGAAAUAAACUAUACUCGGCCAGUGAUUAUCCUGGGCCCCAUGAAGGAUCGGAUCAAUGAUGACUUGAUAUCUGAAUUCCCUGACAAGUUUGGCUCCUGUGUGCCUCAUACUACGAGGCCGAAGCGUGACUACGAGGUGGAUGGCAGAGACUAUCACUUUGUCAUUUCCAGAGAACAAAUGGAGAAGGAUAUCCAAGAGCACAAGUUUAUAGAAGCUGGCCAGUACAAUGACAACUUAUAUGGGACCAGUGUGCAGUCUGUGAGAUUUGUAGCAGAAAGGGGCAAACACUGUAUACUUGAUGUAUCAGGAAAUGCUAUCAAGCGGUUACAAGUUGCCCAGCUCUAUCCCAUUGCCAUCUUCAUUAAACCCAAGUCUCUGGAACCUCUGAUGGAAAUGAACAAACGUCUAACAGAGGAACAAGCCAAGAAAACUUAUGACCGUGCAAUUAAGCUAGAACAAGAAUUUGGAGAAUAUUUUACAGCUAUUGUCCAAGGUGACACCUUAGAAGAUAUCUAUAACCAAUGCAAGCUUGUUAUUGAAGAGCAGUCUGGGCCUUUCAUCUGGAUUCCCUCAAAGGAGAAGUUAUAAAUUAGCUACUGCACCUCCGACAACAACAGGAGAGCAUUUAGAAGAACAAAAUAUAUAUAACAUACUACUUGGAGGCUUUUAUGUUUUUGUUGCAUUUAUGUUUUUGCAGUCAAUGUGAAUUCUUAUGAAUGUACAACACAAACUGUGUGAAGCCAUGAAGGAAACGGAGGGGCCAAAGGGUGGGACAGAAAAGACAUUGCAGUACACAGGAAGGCUUUGGUUUGCUCAAAGUGCCAGGUGUAGGGAUGAACCUCUGACGGGCUUUGUGCCCAAGAGAUGGGCAGCCUCCUCACCCAGCAGAUGUCCAGAGCUGAUUUAGCUGCUGAGUUCUCUGUGUUUUUUGCUUUAAAGAAAAGUUGCCAGCACUUGAACUUCACCAACCUUCCCAUUACCCACAUCUGUAAUUGGUAUACUUCGAAUUUUAUAACUAUGCACAUCCUUUGAUUUCCUAACAAGCAAAAGAAAGGACAAAGGAAAAAAAAGAAAGGAAUCCCUUUGGAGACGGCAUAGUAUCAGGGAAGGAUAAGUGUGUAGUUUCUUUGCCUGGCAUCUGCAAAGACGAGCAUUUCAUAAAAUUCACAAGUGUAUGGAGGACUGACCUCACUGAGAGGAGGGGAUUCCACCUGGGAUUAGCUUUAUGAUUGUUUAUUGUCUAUUUUGCCAUUUAUAAACUGAAAGAAGGCACUAAAGAUGAGAAUAAUUUAUACAAUAAAAUAUAUUAAAUGUAUAGAAACGAAUUUCUAUAGGUUAAAAAAAGUUUUGUGAAAUAUUUUGUAAAGACGAAUUAAUUGAAAGACUAAAUGUAUGCACUAUCUGCAGAUGAUCCAAUUCAAGAACAGAAAGUUGCACUCUCCCUUUUGUUGCCAAUGAUCCAUUAAGAGCAUCUGAGUUCCUUUUGAAGCCUGACAAAGACUUCUCCCUCACUUACCUCCCAUGAUCUCCCUUCCACAUUAGUGAUAAACUCUCAUGGAGCACAUCCCUUAAUGAGUUGCCCUCAUGGAUAUUUUUGGAGGACGUUUGGUUAAUGCAUUUUUUAAGCUGAUGGCUUUCAGAGACAAACUCAUGCAAAUGUUGUAAAGGGAAGUUUUGCUUUUCUCUUGUUGAACAACCUGAGCCUGCUGUGCAAAUAGCUGAAUAACAUCGUUCCUAGUUACUUACAUAGAAUUCUUAAAGGAUUGCUUAGUAUUUUGGCCAUCAUGAAUAAUUAGGACUUUUUUAUUUUGCCUGUUUCACAAGUAACUGAGAGGAAGGUACAGAGCCAUGGAGGGAUCUGUCCCAAGAUGCACUAUUUCUUUGAGGAAGAGAGAGAAAGGAAGUAUCUGGUUGGGGGGUGAGGAGUACAGACUUUUGUUUCUAUAUACAGGACAAAGAGAUAGGAACCAUAAGGGAAGACCAUUAAUGACUUUGAGCUCAACCAAUUGAACUGCCUUUCUUGGGGGCUGUACCUGGACCAAGUUUAUUUUUUAGCAAUUAUAAUAGUGAUGAUUUAAAAAAGAAACCUCCCAAAGCCUAUAUCCCACUUUAGAGCUGAUGGUGACAUCAGCAUUGCUUGUGCCCAAGGUGUUUAGAGAGAGACUUUUCAGUGAUCUCAGUAACUACUCAACUCUGGGUUCUAUGCACGCCCAGACCAAGCCCCAUCGCCUUAUUUCUGGGGUACAUCCAGACCUGGCAGGGAUUCUGCCACACUGUGCAGCAAACCAGCAUGCAGGCUGGGAUGGGAGAGCAAGAGAUAGAGCCAUCAGCAGUGAUGGGGCUUCUUCACAGUAAGAACAUCAGAGCUCAGAAUGAGGGUCUCUUUCCAAAAGCAAGUGUUCUUCAUCUUACACUAAAGUACCACUGUCUGCCUGGCUGCAGUCAUCAAAACAAACACAGAAAUGCAAAAUCAUGCAUCUACCUACAGUCUUGAGGCUGCCUUUACCAGUGGAAGGGCUAGCAAUGCAUUUUCCCUCUGAUGAAAAUUAAAUUCCCCAAGACGUCCUUAAAAUGCUCAAAAAUGUCAAAGAUGUGUCCAUGUCUGCAAUUCGCCAGUUUCAGGUCAAGACCUACUUUCAUCAAUCUUGCUCCCUGAAGUUUUCUGCCACCAGAAUGCCAUUCCUGAUCCCAGCUCUAUUUUCAGGCCACCAUGAUAACUUCUUUGGUUUCUCAACUGAGCAUGCAACCAUUUAUUUACAGGACUGUCUUUAAUGAAUAGAUGUUUCCGCGGGUCGUGUGAUGUGCUUUCCAUUUAAUAUUGAGUAUUGCUGUGGCUGAGUACAAUCAAAUUGAACCACCAACCCUUGGUUUUGUAGUAAUAUAAUUAUUUAUUUUCCUAGUGUAGAUGCUUCUGGAUUAGAAUUGGCAUUUGCACUGAUUUUUUUAUGUAGAUUUCUAUAAAUAUAUAUAUACAUAUAUAUUUGCUUGAAGAAUCACCAAACCAAUUGGUGAGAGGGUCUUUUCCUGUAGAAUUUCCACCUCCAUUUGUUGUGUUGUCUUGCGCUUCCCAAUGUUGAGGUCUCUAUGGCUCCAACGAACUGGUGUAUUUUGCAGCAAAUCUGAUGACUUGUAUGUACGGAAAUGGCAUGAAA